CGACAGCAGCUGCAGAGUCACAGGCUGGGCGAAGCGGGAGGGCGCGCUCGGGGCACCGUCAGGGUGCUCACCUGCCGCUGGGGUGCACUGAAGACGCAGGACUAGAUCUGGGCCGCCUCGGCCAACCCUAGGGCUCGCGGCCCAGCCCCUCUUCGCCCGGGGGAGGGAGAGAGGAAGGGCAGACGGCCGGGCCCGCCCCCAGCCCCAGCUCUAGCCUCAUCCCCAGCCGCGUGCGGCGGUUGCGCCUGCCGGAGGGAGACCAGAGGCUCCUCCCUGGAGCAGAGAAACCAGUUUGGCCGGUCCGGCAGAGCCAAGGGAAAAGGACUGCCGUAGAGGAAGGGCGCACGGACGUGGGGCGGGGGAAGGCGGGAGCCAUUGGCGAGCCGCGGCAGCCGGAGGAGUCGCCGCCAGCUGGACACGCUUCCCGGGGCCCCCGGCCAGCCCCCGUGCGCCAUGAAGCGCUAGCGCGGCGGCAGGGCUGGGGCCGGGCGGGCGGCGGCCAGGUGCGCAGCGAGGAUCCGAGCGGCGCGCACCCGACGGAUGCCCCAGCCGGGGCCCAGCGAACGCUAGAUAGUACCAGUUCGUCAGCAGAAUGAACACAGAAAGAGACUCGGAAACAACGUUUGAGGAGGAUUCUCAGCCCAAUGAUGAAGUGGUACCCUACAGCGAUGAUGAAACCGAAGAUGAGCUGGACGAUCAGGGGCCCACCGCUGAGCCAGAGCAGAGUCGUGUCAACCGAGAAGCAGAGCCAGGCCGCGAGACCUUCAGGAAAGAUUGCACGUGGCAAGUUAAAGCAAAUGAUCGAAAGUACCAUGAACAACCUCAUUUUAUGAACACAAAGUUCUUUUGUAUUAAGGAGAGCAAAUACGCGAGUAAUGCAAUUAAAACAUACAAGUACAACGUUCUCACCUUUCUACCAAUGAAUUUGUUUGAGCAGUUUAAGAGAGCAGCCAAUUUCUAUUUCCUGAUCCUUCUUAUCUUGCAGGCAAUUCCUCAAAUCUCUACCCUGGCUUGGUACACCACCCUUGUGCCGCUACUUCUGGUGCUUGGCAUCACUGCAAUCAAAGAUCUGGUAGACGAUGUGGCUCGCCAUAAAAUGGAUAAAGAAAUCAACAAUAGAACAUGUGAAGUCAUCAAGGAUGGCAGGUUCAAAAUUACCAAGUGGAAAGACAUUCAAGUUGGAGAUGUUAUUCGUCUGAAGAAAAAUGAUUUUAUUCCAGCUGACAUUCUGCUGCUGUCCAGCUCUGAGCCCAAUAGCCUCUGCUAUGUGGAGACAGCUGAGCUAGAUGGAGAGACCAAUUUAAAGUUCAAAAUGGCACUCGAAAUCACAGACCAGUAUCUCCAAAGAGAGGAUAACUUGGCGACAUUUGAUGGUUUUAUUGAAUGUGAAGAACCCAAUAACCGACUAGAUAAGUUCACAGGAACACUGUUUUGGAGAAAGAGAAGUUUUCCUUUGGAUGCUGAUAAAAUUCUGUUACGUGGCUGUGUCAUUAGAAAUACUGAUUUCUGCCAUGGACUGGUCAUCUUUGCAGGUGCUGACACUAAGAUAAUGAAGAACAGUGGAAAAACCAGAUUUAAAAGAACUAAAAUUGAUUACUUGAUGAACUACAUGGUUUACACGAUCUUCAUUGUUCUCAUUCUGCUUUCUGCGGGUCUUGCCAUUGGCCAUGCUUACUGGGAAGCCCAAGUUGGCAAUUAUUCUUGGUACCUCUACGAUGGAGAAAACAUCACCCCCUCCUACCGUGGCUUCCUGAAUUUCUGGGGCUACAUCAUCGUGCUGAACACCAUGGUGCCCAUCUCUCUCUAUGUCAGUGUGGAAGUGAUUCGUCUGGGACAGAGUCACUUUAUUAACUGGGACCUGCAGAUGUACUAUUCUGAGAAGGACACUCCUGCAAAGGCUAGAACCACCACGCUGAAUGAGCAGCUCGGCCAGAUCCAGUACAUCUUCUCCGAUAAGACAGGGACACUCACGCAAAACAUCAUGACCUUUAAAAAGUGCUGCAUCAACGGGCAAAUCUAUGGAGAUCAUCGAGAUGCCUCUCAACACACUCAUGGCAAAAUAGAGCAAGUUGAUUUCAGCUGGAAUGCAUUUGCUGAUGGGAAGUUUGCAUUUUAUGAUCAUUAUCUCAUUGAGCAAAUCCAGUCAGGGAAAGAGCCAGAGGUCCGGCAGUUCUUCUUCUUGCUUGCUGUCUGUCAUACGGUCAUGGUAGACAGAAUUGAUGGUCAGAUCAACUACCAGGCGGCUUCUCCCGACGAAGGCGCCCUGGUCAAUGCUGCCAGGAACUUCGGCUUUGCCUUCCUGGCCAGGACGCAGAACACCAUCACCAUCAGCGAGCUGGGCACAGAGAGGACCUACAGUGUUCUUGCCAUUUUAGACUUCAACAGCGACCGGAAGCGAAUGUCUAUAAUUGUAAGAACCCCGGAAGGCAACAUCAGGCUAUAUUGUAAAGGUGCCGACACUGUCAUUUAUGAACGGUUACAUCCAAUGAAUCCUACAAAGCAAGAGACACAGGAUGCCCUGGAUAUCUUUGCAAGUGAAACUCUUAGAACCCUGUGCCUUUGCUACAAAGAAAUUGAAGAAAAAGAAUUUGCAGAAUGGAAUAAAAAGUUUAUGGCAGCCAGUGUGGUCUCAACCAACCGAGACGAAGCUCUGGAUAAAGUGUAUGAGGAAAUUGAAAGAGACUUAAUUCUAUUGGGAGCUACAGCUAUUGAAGAUAAACUGCAGGAUGGGGUUCCAGAAACCAUUUCAAAACUUGCAAAAGCUGACAUUAAAAUCUGGGUGCUCACUGGAGACAAAAAGGAAACUGCAGAAAAUAUAGGAUUUGCUUGUGAACUUCUGACAGAAGACACCACCAUCUGCUAUGGGGAAGACAUAAAUUCUCUUCUUCAUACAAGAGUGGAAAACCAGAGAAACAGAGGUGGCGUUUAUGCAAAGUUUGCACCUGUUGUCUAUGAACCUUUCUUCCCACCUGGUGAAAACAGAGCCUUAGUCAUCACGGGUUCUUGGCUGAAUGAGAUUCUCCUGGAGAAAAAGACCAAGAGAAGUAAGAUUCUGAAGCUGAAGUUCCCAAGGACAGAAGAAGAGAGACGAAUGCGGACCCAAAGCAAGAGAAGGCUGGAGGCCAAGAAAGAGCAGCGGCAGAAGAACUUUGUGGACCUGGCCUGCGAGUGCAGCGCCGUCAUCUGCUGCCGGGUCACUCCCAAGCAGAAGGCCAUGGUGGUGGACCUGGUGAAAAGGUACAAGAAGGCCAUCACGCUGGCCAUCGGAGACGGGGCCAACGACGUGAACAUGAUCAAGACUGCACAUAUUGGUGUUGGAAUAAGUGGACAAGAAGGAAUGCAAGCUGUCAUGUCCAGUGACUAUUCCUUUGCUCAGUUCAGAUAUCUACAGAGGUUGCUGCUGGUGCAUGGCCGGUGGUCCUACAUAAGGAUGUGCAAGUUCCUUCGAUAUUUCUUUUACAAAAAUUUUGCAUUUACGUUGGUUCAUUUCUGGUACUCCUUCUUCAAUGGCUACUCGGCACAGACUGCGUACGAGGACUGGUUCAUCACACUGUACAACGUGCUGUACUCCAGCCUGCCGGUGCUCCUCAUGGGGCUGCUCGACCAGGAUGUGAGUGACAAACUAAGCCUCCGAUUCCCUGGGUUGUACGUAGUGGGACAAAGAGACUUACUAUUCAACUACAAGAGAUUCUUCGUCAGCUUGUUGCAUGGAAUCUUAACAUCGAUGGUCCUCUUCUUCAUACCUCUUGGGGCUUACCUGCAAACUGUGGGUCAGGAUGGAGAGGCACCUUCAGACUACCAGUCUUUUGCUGUCACUGUUGCUUCGGCUCUCGUAAUAACGGUCAAUUUCCAGAUUGGUUUGGAUACUUCUUACUGGACUUUUGUGAAUGCUUUUUCAAUUUUUGGAAGCAUUGCACUUUAUUUUGGAAUCAUGUUUGACUUUCAUAGUGCUGGGAUACAUGUUCUCUUGCCAUCUGCAUUUCAAUUUACAGGCACUGCUUCCAAUGCCCUGAGACAGCCGUAUAUUUGGUUGACCAUCAUCUUGACUGUUGCAGUGUGUUUAUUGCCUGUUGUUGCCGUCCGCUUCUUGUCAAUGACCAUUUGGCCAUCAGAAAGUGAUAAGAUCCAGAAGCAUCGCAAGCGGUUGAAGGCCGAGGAGCAGUGGAAACGGAGACAAAACGUGUUUCGCCGGGGCGCAUCGUCGCGGCGCUCAGCCUAUGCCUUCUCGCACCAGCGCGGGUACGCGGACCUCAUCUCCUCCGGGCGCAGCAUCCGCAAGAAGCGCUCGCCGCUGGAUGCCAUCAUCGCCGAUGGCACGGCCGAGUACCGGCGCACGGUGGAGAGCUGAGCACCCGCCUCGCGGAUCGCGCACGCAGGGGAAAUGUCUAUUUUUUUAUGAAAGACUCUCAGGACUUUUUUUUUAAAAAACUGAAUUUGUCACAAAGAUACUGAAGACAAUAACCUUUAUAACAAACCAUUUGGGUUGAACUGUUGAGCAAUAGCAAAGCCAAGAGACCCUAUCAUUCAUCUGGUUUUGUUCUUUGUGAUUCAAAGGGAACGGUUCAAUCCAGAUUCAAUCUAGGGCAACAGAAUUAGAAAAUGUCUUAUAUUUCAUUUCCAAAGCUGUUGCAUUAUAAAAUGACAAUUAAGUUUUCCUGUCUGUGAUCUUCAGCAUGAAUUUCCCAGAAGCUCUUUUCUCCCCUGCUGUUGGCCACGUUAUUCACAAAUAGUUUUAAAUUUAUUAUGGAAAUAACAAAAUAUUCAUGAAUGUACAUCAUCUGGAAACUAAGUGUUCUAGUAAUUUUUUCAAAGUUGAUUAAAGAGUUUAUGGUUUCAUGUUCUCAUUGGCUUAAUAAUUCAGUUCAAUCAAGGCAAAUUAGUUCAAAUUUUAUAAGAGUUUAUCUGGGGUUUAUUUCCAGGUUAAGCAGCAUAUUACAUAUUUUUGCUAAUAUAUAUUUUAGCAACUUCCUCUACUACCAAGUGAUUUGAUUUCCUUCUCUCAUUUCUUUAAAGCUUCUAAAUAUUUUGAGGCUUUAAAAAAAAAGUGUUAAAAAACAGGAUAUUAUCAACAGGUACUAAGAAAGUUACAGUUAAGAGAAAUAAGUUCUAGUGUGCUAUGCAUAAAAGGGUCUUUAUAAUGAUAAUAAACUAUUUCAGAAAGGCUAAAAGAAAGAAUUUCGAAUGUUCUCACUACAAAAAUGGUAAAUGUUUGAAGAGGUAGACAAACCAGGAUUUGAACAUUCCACAAUAUGUACCUGUAGGGAAACAUCUGGCGGUGGGCAGGGGCUAGCUUAGUGUUACAGCACCUUUACAGGCCUGGGAUUCAAUCCCCAGGACCAAAUAGAUAAAUAAAUAGAAAUCAUCACACAGUAUCCUGUAAAUCUGUACAAUUAUUAUGUGUCAAUUAAAAUUAAUUUAAAAAAAAAGAAUAGAAGAAUGCCUACCAAAAACGUUAGUUGUGGUUGCCUUUCAUGGACAUGCUACUUAUAUCAUUUUCUCCACUAGAUAUAAGGUGAGGGUGGGAGGAGGAAGCUAUUCUGUCCUCAGGUGAUUGGCCUUGAUUACCAAGGUAAAUGAGAGGUUGCUGCUGCUCCAUAGAACAGGAAUGUACCCAAAAUGCAGAGGUCCUUUGGGUGCCCUCUGUAGUACGGCCUGGGAGCAACUGAAAGAUCAAAUGUUUAGUGGAGAAAAUAAGUUUAAACAGACAAACCUUGAGUAUAUCAAUGGCAAAUUGCAGAACAUUUCACAAAACUGUCUUUUAAAAAGAAAA